AUGGGAAAGGAGUCAGCUCUUCGUGUUACGGAUUUGUUGGCAGCGGAGGUCUGGGCGUACACGCCACCGCAAGGAACGGAGGGCGUUUUUACAGGCAAACGACAGCGAGUCAAAAGCAAAGCGGAACAACGAGCGAAGCGUCGGCGGGAACUCUUUUCGAGGUUCGAUGAAGGCAUUCAGCUUGACGAGGAAAUGUGGUGGUCUGUUACCCCCGAGCAACUCGCCGUGCAUACAGCUGAGCGAUGUCGCUGUGAUUUGAUAUUGGAUGGAUUUGCAGGGGCUGGGGGGAAUACCAUUGCCUUUGCGAAGUCGUGUGGCUUUGUCAUAGCGUGCGAAAUAGAUCCGAUGCGCACUGAAAUGGCCAAGGCAAAUUCUGCGGUUUACGGUCCUCGAAUAACCUCGCACGUCGAUUUUAUUAUCGGGGACUUUGGAACGCUGGCGGCUCGCCAGCUUCGUAGAGGCGCGCUGGAUGUGGUUUUUCUUGCUCCUCCCUGGGGGGGCCCAAGCUACAACGCCCGGGAGGUGUUUGACUUACGCCGAAUGGGGGGAAUGAUUGCUGGCACCGACAGUGCUGAGUCCCCGCCUGCAGCACAUGCUGCAGCAAAUUCUGCAGCAACUGAUCUUCCAGAAGACUGCGAUGGGGAGGAGACUCUUUACUGUCAACCGUCAGUGCCUCGCAUGCACAUAGAGUUGGCCUUGUGUCGUUCAAGGCGAGACGCUGGCAGCUACUCUUUUGACCAGCUUGGCAGUUGCGAGCGGCUUGCUCAUUUAACCUAUGGCCUUUGUAAAGUGAUUUCGAAGGCUCGUUCACAGAGCGAAGAGUCGCCCGCUGGCGCCUCGCAGGAACAAGAGGAGCCUUGCCAUAAACGCAGACGCAUUAAUUCUAUAGGUUCGGCGGGGCACGCCUUAGAUCAAACACCGGCAGCUACAGCGCAUCAGCGGCGGUGGGAGACAGCAGAGGCAGCUGAAGAAGAAAUGUGCCUUUUGGAAGGGGAGGCACGGUGUGAUUUACACGGAGCACUUAGAGACUUCGUGAGGGAGAGUCAGAAGGUGUACGAGCAUAUCGAUGACUUUCCAAUUGAUUGGAGACUGCUACCUAUCGAUUUGUUGUGGGCAGCGGCUCCGAUCACAAGGGGUUUUAUUAGAGACCCGCUUCACCUCCUAAGUAGACGUCUUAAGGCUGCAAAGGAGAAGGAGCAGGACAGCGGCCCUGGGGAGACGGAGACGGACCCCGAGCCCGAAAUGCUGCCACUUCUAAAUGAUUUGCUGUGCUCUCCAUUCCCCUGCGUCUGUACACACAUUGAUUCCUGGCGCUGGCGGUCUGUGGGCGUGACCGCGUUUUUUGGUCCGUUUGGUGACCAGCAUGGUGCUGCUCUGGAACAGGCCGAUGCAGCUGGUCACGGCCUUUACAGAGCGAUUUCAGCUGCUCGUUGCCGUGGUUCUGUUCUUGCCUCUCAGCUGCAAGAGCCGCAGCUGGGCGCUGACGGUUUCGAAGGGAAUACAGAAGGCAAAAGGCUGCGACGAGAAGUCAGGCGCAUUUUGACGGCUCUUGUUCACGACGUCCUACAGUUCACCGGGAUCCCUGACCCUGAAUUGGGUCCUGUGGCGGGUGACCAGCAUCAGGAUUCGACACAAGGAACGAAGUCUUUAAGUCAGUCAGGCCCGUCGAGCAACGCUCAGAAAGGAAGGCCAGAAACGGAAGGCAGCUCGAAUUUGGAGAGCCUAGGUAGAGACCCAGAAAGCGCCAAAGGGGGAACCACUGUGGGCUUGGCUGAUACGCAGCCUGACAUGCACGGGCCCCAGCAAGAGGGGGCAUGCAGUAUUGCAUGCUUCGCUAAGCAAACCUUUACAUCUUCCUUUUCUCCAUCGGAGAGGCUCUGCAAUUGCUUUUAUUUCCAGGCCAGUUCAGAGAGCUGCAGACCUCAGGUGCACAGGCGAACUUCGGGAAGCAAGAGCCCAACCUCAUACCCAGACCCAGGCAGUGGGGACUGCUACAGUGAAUCAGAGCGUGCAAGGACUCGGCAUGAGUGGAGAGCCUUUGCUCGUCGUCUUGUGGCGACAGCAGCAAAAAAAGUUGUCAAAAGUCGGGGCGUGUGUGCCUGCAAGCUAUGCUGCUGUGGGGCCGGCUCAGCAGCUGAGCCCUGCCGGCCUUCCAAUACAACAUGUACGUGGCGUUCUUUCAUUUGGAGUGAGUGCAGCAAGUUGCUGCACAGCAUUUUGGCAGCUGCCAGCAGCCACUCGACUAUUCUACGUCUUGCACUGCCUCGGCCUCUUUCGAAGAAAAGGAACAAGAAGAGGCAGCAGACGCCAGGAGUGCCGUUGUCGGCAGAUCCCCUGCCACCGAUGGCUCGGCAGGACUUUCUUCAACGUGUCUUGAGUGCUUAUGUUUCGCCAGAAUGGGCCACCAUGGCCUCGCGAGCAGAGGCGCAGAGAAAGGUAGAAGCAAAACCAGCAGCCUCGCCUCCCGGUGAAAGCGACGGUGCCAACAUGUCAGCAGACCGUGGCACAAGUGACCAGAGCUCCGUAGACGGAGAAGCACAACACACGGGCAACGAAGGUGCUUCGAAGUUGUGGACGCCGGAGGAAGUGCUUCACUGGCAAGUUGGUUGCAGCAUGUGGUGCAACUCGGCGCUGCGUGUGCUCAGCGCUCAGCACCUGGCGCAGCUGCUGCAGCUGCGCUCGUGUUCGGGGAGCUAG